AUGGACCUCAUUUCAUCAGCAUUCGACAAGCUCGGUAUAUCGAUACCAGACACCAAAACCCUCUCCCUCCUCGGCACACUCGUCUGUAUCGUUCUCACUGCACCUCUCGCGGUCAUGUUCCACUUCUCCGCUCGUCCACGGAUCCAAGGCAUUAAAAUCUACCAAGAGCGGGUCCUCAUCCUCGGUGCAUCCAACGAGCGUGGUGUCGGUGAAGCUCUCGCCCUCCAAUACGCUCGUCGAGGAUGUCGCGAUCUAAUCCUCGUCGGACGCAAUCUCGAAGGCCUCGAAGCUGUCCGAAAGCGGUGCAUCGCCCAAGCAGCCGAAGGAGAAGAAUACGACAUGUCAGACGAAGCACCUGGAGACGAGGCUAAACUCAAACACGAAUCUCGCAUCCACUGCAUCGUUGCCGACUGCUCCAAAGCAGAAGACGUCGACAAGCUAAGCAAGCAAGUCUCAGCCAAGUUCAAAGGUCUUGAUACCUUGCACAUCUGUUUUGGCGUCUCUGCACUCCUACCUUUGCUUGGCGUGGCAGGUGUCGAUCCGAUCAGGCCGACAGAGAAGCAAGAUCUAACCAAAGUUUUCCCGGACGCAUCGGGCUUACUGGCUGUACAACAAGCCGUUAGCAGUGCUUCGAAGGUAAAUGUUGCAGGAACAGCAAUCUGUCUAGCUGCAUUUCUACCUAUGCUUCAGACCACAUCCUCGUUCCCAGCGGUCGUUCUUAUGUCUUCGGCAGCAGCUCUCUUUGCAACCCCAACCAGAUCGGUGUAUGCAGCAACAAAGUCAGCUCAACUCUCACUCUUCCGUUCAGUUGCUAUCGAAGCUCAAGCUCACGCUGACAAGUCUGCCAAGAAGGACUCAGGCUCGGGCAAGAGGAGGAACAAAGUUCGCUUCCUCUCCAUCUGCCCUGGGACUAUUGCUACUUCGUUCCGUCACUCUGCAGUCGACCUCGACUCAAGCAAGGCGGCAAUGCCACAGGAUCUAGCUUGGGUGAAGGGAGAGAAGAUGCUCACAUCCGCAGAUGUAGCAGAGAAGACUAUCUUUGCAGUCGAUCGGUAUACGGAGGGCACCAUUACUCUGCCUCCAUUCUACGCUUUUGCGACCUGGCUGGACAAAAUCUUCCCUAGCUUUAUCGCUAAACAGGCUCGGAAGAAGUAUGCCUACUAG